ACUGGGACAAUGCGCGACCUCGCGUGGUCAGACAGAGGCGGCGGCGCGCAUAGUUGGAGCACGCGGUACGAGCGAGCGCGCGUCUCUUUAACCGAAAAAGGAGAAAUGAUUGUGCGCCGCGGCGACGGACGUUGCUCUGUAAAUUAUGUAAAAUAACACAUAUGUGAAUACGCUGACGCUACAUUCACCGGCGGAAAGGUGUGCUGAUAAUAUCGCGGAAAGGAAGAGCAAUAUGUUUUUUAACAGAUGAUGAUGUGUCCAGGCGGAUUUGCAGGAUUUUACGACGCCGCUCGAACAAGAGAACCAAACGCUCGUCUAAGAAAAGGAGUAACGUUUACGUUAAACACUGGCAACCUUACACGACAAAUUACGCUUAUAUCCAACGAGAAACUGAUGAACUGUUGAGUCUUUGAUAUAAAUUGGAGCAAGCGAGACCUUUCGACAAGCUGCUUCUGUUUGAAUAACGACAGAGGAUGCAGCACACCGGAUACACCUGAAAAUCCCCCCUCACUCACUGAAGGCUAUUUUUCUGUGAAUCAGUCAUCUCUGAGCCAGCCACAAGACACUUGAGGUAGGAAAUGGAGAUAAGGAAAGUACACAGCAAAAACUGAAUUAACCUACACGGAUAUAUCAACAAAACAAACACCCUCUGAUACUCCUGUGAACUCGAGGGAACUUGGAAGAUAAGAGCCACAGAAGAGAGAGUAAUUCUUGUUGCUGACAGCUGGCAACACUGAAGGGACGGCUGAGGAACUUCUUAAGAGGGUGAGAGGGUGAUCACAGAGUGAGAGAGACGGGGACUGACACAGAGCCAGAGUGCAGGAGGGGGCGGCGGCGGAGGAGUGGGAAAGGACAAUCGCCAUGGCAACGGACCCGGGAGAGCCCACUGCCACAGAGGAAUCCUCUGGAGAGAAACCUGAUGGAGAGAGGGAGGAGGAGAGUGACCAGGGGAACAGGGCUGCCCAUGAGAGAGAGAGGAUUCACAGCACUCCGUCUGACUUCCCCUCCUCCCAGACCCAGGAAAGGAGAGCUUGGGGCGCAAGAGGAGGAGGUGGUGGAGUGGAGGAUGGUAAAGAAACAGAGGUGCCUGCCAGACCUCUGACCUUCUUCAUGCCCUCCACCCCAGCAGUCUACGAACCGUGUCGGAAACGGGAGAACAAGCGGUUUUUCCGGAAGAGCGUGGAGAUAUGCGAAGAGGACGAUGAGGUGGAAGAAACCCUCAGUGCCCCUCACAGUGCCCCUCACCUCGAGUUUUGUGCCUCCGACUCUGUUUUCACCAGCGGAGCCCAGCAGUUACCCGCCAGUGCCUCGGCUGCCUUGAGUGAGGAUGGCACUCAUGGCACACAGGAUCCUGAUAAGACCGGCCUUACGGCGCCCGCUCUGAAGGGGAAGGAGAGAGAUAGAGAACAGGAGGAAGAGGCUGAGAUGAAGGCCGUCGCCACUUCACCCAGUGGCCGCUUUUUAAAAUUUGACAUCGAGCUUGGCAGGGGAGCAUUCAAAACUGUUUACAAAGGCCUGGACACAGAAACCUGGGUGGAAGUUGCCUGGUGUGAACUGCAGGAUCGAAAGCUGACCAAAGCGGAGCAGCAGCGGUUUAAAGAGGAGGCUGAAAUGCUGAAAGGUCUACAGCAUCCCAACAUUGUGCGUUUCUAUGACUCCUGGGAGUCUGUUCUUAGAGGCAAGAAGUGCAUCGUCCUGGUGACUGAGCUCAUGACCUCAGGAACGCUCAAAACGUACCUUAAGCGCUUUAAAGUGAUGAAGCCCAAAGUUCUACGCAGCUGGUGCAGGCAAAUCCUAAAGGGUCUACAGUUCCUACACACCCGUACGCCACCCAUUGUGCACCGUGAUCUCAAGUGUGACAAUAUCUUCAUCACAGGCCCAACCGGUUCAGUAAAGAUUGGUGACCUAGGUCUUGCCACCCUCAUGCGGACAUCAUUUGCCAAGAGUGUCAUAGGUACACCAGAGUUCAUGGCCCCAGAGAUGUACGAGGAGCACUAUGACGAGUCGGUGGAUGUCUAUGCCUUUGGCAUGUGCAUGCUAGAAAUGGCUACUUCAGAAUACCCAUAUUCAGAAUGCCAAAAUGCUGCACAGAUCUACCGCAAAGUUACAAGUGGUAUCAAGCCUGCCAGUUUUGACAAAGUUAAUGACCCUGAGGUAAAAGAAAUCAUUGAGGGCUGUAUUCGCCAAAACCGAUUAGAGCGGCUCUCAGUGAAGGACCUUCUAAAUCAUGCCUUCUUUGCGGAGGACACCGGUGUGCGUGUGGAGCUUGCUGAGGAAGAUACAGGCUGCAAAGACUACCUGGCCCUGCGCAUCUGGGUUGAAGAUCCAAAGAAACUCAAAGGCAAGCACAAGGACAACGAGGCCAUCGAAUUCAGCUACGACUUGGAGAAUGAUAGUGCUGAAGAGGUUGCACUAGAGAUGGUGAAGUCAGGCUUUUUCCAUGAAAGUGAUGCUAAGGUGGUGGGGAAGUCCAUCAGAGACAGGGUGACUCUAAUAAAGAAGUCCCGUGAAAGGCGGCAACAGCAGCUCCUCCAGCAGCAACAACAACAACAACAAAGUCUGGAUGAGCGCCGUGACUCCUCGGCCCUAACCUCCUCCUUUUCUUAUGUCCAGCCUUCCGGCACCACCUCCUCACAGGGCACAGGAGCUGCUGCAGCUGCUGGGGGUCAUGGAGAGACAGAGGAGCUGCCAGAAGUGGACCAACAUGUCCAACAGCAAGGCACUGCAUUGGGCCUCACAGAGGGUGAGAGUCUUCCUGUUGUCAGUGGCCAAAGCCAAACUUUUUCUGUACCUGAGACAGGAAACCAAUGUGCUCAUGCUCAAACCAGCUACCCCACUGGCACAUCUGGAGUGAAAGGAGCAGGGGUUAUGUCUCACCCCCAGCCCCUAUUAGCGGAGGGGGUUCCAAAUGUGCCUGUUGGUCAGAAUGGUGGGAUAUCUGGCAUUUCCAUGGGCCAAAGUAGUGGUGGGGCUCCUAACAUUCCAGUGGCACAGACUUUUAUUCAACCUGUCACUAUUGCAUCACAGGUCCCAUUAAGUGUGCCUCAACAAUAUUCUCAGCCCCUUCCACCAUACUCAACAGAUGUUACAUCCACGCAAAUGUUACAAUCCAGACCCACUGACACCUCCACUCCCCACAGUUCUGUUGUACAGUCACAGUCAUACAUCCCCCCAGUAUCACCCCAUGCACCCAUGACUGUCCUCAAAUCCUCCAUCCCAGCUGGAGAACCCAUAGCAUCAGCAGGCAACAUCAUACCACCUGUGCAGACCCAAACUACUAUUGCUCCUGUACAACCCACUGAUUUUUUGCCCCAGCAAACUAUUGUUCAGACGCAACAGCAGGUGAUGUCAGAAUUGCCCGGAAUGUUGCAACUGAACAUUCAGCACCAGACAGUAUUGUUGCCACAGCAAACAGAUCAUAUUCAACAAAUGGCGGUUUUGUUACAACAGCCACAGCAUGUAGAACAACCCCAGGUGGUUCUGCAGGAACAGCCACCACAUUCCAGUGCAUCUCAGCAGCCAUAUAUCCCAUUGCCACAGCAGAAACAGCAAACAGUGACCAACCCACAACAAAGUGAUCUACAACAGCAGGUGUACAUACAGCAACCUGCAAGCAAACCCCAACAGCAAGUUGUGUUACAGCAAGGUCAGCAGCAUCAGGCAUCAAUACAACAACCCCCAGUGGAACAAUAUCAACAUCAGACUCCGCAACAACAGGCACAGCAAGUUUAUUUGCAACAAAUGGCUGAAUCACAAGAGCAGAACAUGGUAAAGACAUUUGUACAACAGCCGCCGGUACUUCAAACAAUCCAGCAGCCAAUGCAAUUGACGGAGCAACAACAACAGCAACUUCUGAUUAGGCAGCAAAUGGAGCAGCAACAGAAGGCUGUUUUGCAAAAUCAAAUGGAGAAACAACAACAACAACAACAGCAGCAGCAAGUUUAUAUUCAGUCACCACAGCAGCAACAAGUUGAACAGAAACAAAUUCUUCUGCAGCAACAACAAAACUUGGCGGUACAGCAACAGAUCGAGCAACAGCAGCAAGCUUUACAGCAACAAAAGCAAAUAGAACAGCAGCAAAAGGCCAUUUUACAGCAACAGGUGGAACAGCAAAGACAACAGCAACAGGCUUUGUUUCAGCAGCAGCAACUGGAGCAACAACAAGCAAUAUUGCAGCAGCAGCAGCGUGAACAACAACAGGCUCUUCUGCAGCAACAACAAUUGGAACAGCAAGCUUUGCUACAACAACAGCAGCAACUCCAGUUAAAGCAGCAACAAGCUAUUUUACAUCAGCAACAGUUAGAACAGCAACAGCAGGCUUUGUUUAAACAGCAGCAACAACAACAGGUGGAGCAACAGCAAGCUCUUUUACAACAGCAGCAGCAACAAGCACUCAUUCAGCAGCAGCAACAGUUAGAGCAAAAAGUACUCAUACAGCUGCAACAGCAGCAACAAAUCGAACAGCAACAAACCUUAUUACGCCAGCAGCAGCAGUCUCAGCAGAUAGAGCAACAUGUUCUCCAGCAACAGCCGCAACUACAGAAGCCGACAGAUCAACAAUUGCAGCAGCAGAUAUUUGAACAACAGACCGAGCAGCAACAACAGACAUUGCUACAACAAAGAGAGUCACAGAUGCAGCAACAUCUUCUGAUGCAACAACACCAGAUCGAAUUACAGCGACAAGCCGAAAAACAACUGCAACAAGUUUUAUUGCAGCAACAACAUUUGGAGCAACAUGCUACUCUUGCAGACCACAGCGGGCAACAGCAAGCAACCCUAGUGAAAGCACAGCCUCCGGAGACGGUCCAGCAGAUUAGCCAAAUGCAGCACACUCAACACAUGAUGCCCCCACAACCUCAGCCCCAUCUUGCUCAACAACAAACUGAACAGCAACAUGUCUUGAUUCAGCAGCAACAAGCUGUCCUCCCCCAGGCAUCGCACAGACCAUCUCUGGUAGAGUUACAGGUUCCAACCCUGGUUCAAGCUGUACCAAAAAUGGUUAGCGCUCAAAUACCUAGUCAAGUACAAGCCCCAGUACUCAUCCAGCAACAGGUACCACCACAGAUGUCAGCUCAACCUUCAGCGCAAGUUCAGAUCCAAAGCCAAGGGGACCCUGUGAUUUAUGGUCAGAUUCCUUUCCAAACUCAAAGUCAUCCUGCACCACAGUCAAUGGGAGGCCAUAUUCAAGCAGGCCAGUUGCAAGUUCCACAACCAACCCAACAAAUCACAUCUCCAACACAGGUUCCUACACCCCAACCCAUUCAUUCUUUUGUCCCGACGUUAACACAAAUGGUCUCACAAGGGCAGACCCUUCCAUCCCAAUCUCAGUUUGUACCACCUCAAGCUGCAGCUUCUCUCCAGUGUCAAGUUGCAGUAGGGCCAGCUGCUUCUACACUUUUACCGACACAGUAUGCUCAAGCACCUGUUGCUUCGCAAACCAUCCAGUCUGUUCAGCUAGACCUCACACAAUCUGUGAAACAACAACAACAGGCACCUCUGCAGCAAUAUCAGCAAGCAGUACUGUCUCCUGUGUCACUUGCCCCUACCAUCAACCCAAUGGCCACUUCAUCAACACAGUGCUAUUUACAACAGAAAAACCAAUCUCAAAUGCAGGCCCAGGCUCCACCAGUUAUCCAAGCUCAGCAACAACCAGUCAGUGUGGCCUCAAUGCAGACAGUCUUGCAGCCCAUGCCUCCAGUGCAACCUCAGGCUACCCAACAGUAUGAGUCGCAGCUGCCUCAAGCCCACCAUGUGCAGCAACAGCAACCCCUCCACCAUCAGCAUCAGGCCCAACCUGUGCAUCAGCUUCUGCCACUGAAUGCUGUCCUACCACAAGAUCUCCACCAACAACCUAGUCAGCCUCAACAUGUAAUCCAACAUAUGCUCCCGAUUCACAUUGCACUCAGUCAGGUACCUCAGACCCAAGCUAGAACAGUACCUCUGUACAGUCAGGUGGUCUCGGGUCCACCACCCUCCCCACAGAACCAGCAGAAACCAACCCAUCCUGCUCAAACGCACACGCAGACUAGCAUGCAGUCCCACAUAGAGGCUACUGGGAGUUUCGAGCAGCCUCCUACCUUUAUGCCAUCACACAUCCCCCCAAGUCCAUCUCAUGCUUCCCUACAGCCUUCUGCCAAACUCCCAGCCCUACAACCAGCUGUCCCAGUCUCAGAAAUUCCUGUCACAGUGGAGGCACAGCUAACCCAGGCAAGGCCUGCUGACAUGAUUCCUGCUUCCCCUCCUGCUGUCAGUGCUUCACAGUCCCAUGACUCCAAUGGAUCUGUGUUGCCCACCACCUCACUGGUAGAAAGUGACACUGCAUUGCUGGGCAUUGCUCAGGAGAGCUUAAACCAGUCUGCCAAUAGGGGUUCUUCAUCAGGCUUUGCUCCUGCCAAUGGAGAUGAGGCUCAAUCGCUGUGGGCCAGUGGAAAACUAGAUAAGGUAAAAUCUCAGAGGAGAUCAUCCUGUCAAAAAGCUGAAAAAACUCAUUUUCAACUGAGCAUGUUGCAGGUCUCAGGCACAGGAGACAACAUGGUAGAGUGUCAGCUAGAGACUCACAGCAACAAGAUGGUCACAUUCAAAUUUGACAUCGAAGGAGAUGCACCUGAGGACAUUGCAGAUUAUAUGGUGGAGGAGGAUUUUGUUCUUGAGCCUGAGAAAGAGAAAUUUGUUGAGGAGCUGAGAGCUAUAGUGAAGAAAGCUCAAGAAAUACUAAGCACUCACUCACAGACUGGGUCUUUGGAGCAACUCCAUGUGAGCACCCCAUCCAGUUCAACAAUGGAUUCAGCCCCUCAGUCUUCCCCAGUGGGUCGCUGGCGAUUCUUCAUUAACCAAACCAUUCGCCAUCGUGACUCACACUCCAACCAGGGAGCUUCCACUCCACCUCCAGUGGGAGAGACCUGGGUCCCCAAGUCCACAGAAACAGAGAAAGAUCAUGAGAGCCCUCAGCGCUCAGAGUCUUUUGCUGGGAUAGCAACUUCCCCAAGUUCUUCACUGUCUGCAUCCUCUCCUCCAGUCUCUACUGUGUCAGCUCCUGCAUCCAUGUCAGCUUUGGCCAUUGCUGCCCAAAAAGAUGUAACACCUGCUGCCUUGCCAACAGUAGAGCAACUCUCUUCUGCUACCCUGACUGCAGACCCAAUCCCUGUCAUGGCCUCCAGCACCGCUGCUGCUCCUUUCCCUGCAGUUGCGGCCCUCAUUGGCUCCAGCGUGGACCAAGGAAAAGCUGCAGUUAAAGGUGAGGGUGAACAGCCCCUCUCUACCUUAUCUAUUUAUGGGACUCCUUCAGGAUCGCUAGUGACCCACGCUGAUCCUUCACCGCAACUUCUACCACAAACCCCAAUGGCACCCUUGCAGACACCAGAUGUACUUCAACAAACACAGGCAAUACAGUCAGCAAUGGCCACCACUGAACAAGCUCAGAAACAGCCAGGGUGCCAGGUCGCUCCACAGCCACCAAUACUCCAGCCUAGUGAGUCAAAAGCACUAUCACAGCCAAUGCCAAUGGAGACGGUACCCUCGCAGGGAGGUCUUCCAGCUGCCCAAGUUCUGCAGGUUCCUCAGCAACAAGUACCAAUUGAAUCUCAACAGCCGGCAAUGCAACAGACCGGUUUCUUGCAGCAACACAGCCUUCAAACAGCCACUGCUGAGGAGAUCCAACAACACAAGGUAGAACAGAAUAUGUCUCAAGAAACCACAGCGAUACUGACCAUGCAUCUACAGCAUGGCCUCCAGACCCAGGAUCCCCAACAGCUUCGAUUUCCAUUUCAACCAGUGAUCCCACAGCAGCUUCCCGCUGAGCAAACGCAGAUGUUAUUUCAGCAGGUACCGCAUGAUAUGGUGCCUAUGACACAAACCGCAGUGCCUCCGGCUGUGCAGAAGCAGGCGUCUAUCCAGCAGUCGGAGUCUGAGCUGUCCACAGGUGAAGACACCGUCAGCCACUCCGCCCCACCCCAUCCCUCUUUGGACACGUCUCUCCCACCCCUGCCACUGUCUGAUACGGCUCUGCCUCCCCUCUCCCACACUUUCACGCCCUCUCCAGCCCAGCCCUCCUCGGUAGCAGAGUCAGACAGUGAAGGCCCACCCAAAAUUGAGUUUGUUGACAACCGGAUCAAGACAUUGGAUGAGAAGCUGAGGACUCUUCUGUAUCAGGAACACAGUGGUAGUGGGGCAGCCUUGGGAAGUGGCUCCACCAGCGGCUCUGCUCCUGCCCCCAGCUCCACCUCGGGAUCUGCUGCGGCCUCCACUGGAGUUGACGAGUUUUCAGAGCCCCCCAACACAUUCUCCGCUCCUCCUGCAUCUUCUUCAGACACCUCCCCUCACUCCACCUCCUCCACCACCCCUCGUUCUUCCUCUACCUCUCCAGAUGGAGAGCGGGAGAGAGCAGGUGAGGAGGAGACGAUCCCGUCUGCUGUGCAAUGCCAGCCCGCUGCGUCCUUCUCCUCUACAUCCCCUCCAUGCUCUCUCGUUCCCCCUCCACAGGAGCCUGGAUCCCCGAAAGUACCCAGUGAAUCAUUUAUAAGUGCUCCCCCUUCCCUCACUGAAAGCUCCACCCCUGGAGAUGUUCUGUUGCCUUCCUCUUCUCAGCCGCCUGUCCCCCUGUGGCCUGGACAACAGCAGCAGCAGCACUAUGAAGGAGGUGGAUAUUUUGGCCUAAACCUGACAUGUCCUAGUAUCAGAAAUCCUGUUAGCAAGAAAUCCUGGACUCGCAAAUUCAAAAGCUGGGCAUGCAAACUGCGCCACUCCGCCAGCUUGUUCAAGAAGCCCAGAGUCCAGCAAGAUGGCAACUUGAGCCAGGGGAUGAAGGAGGAGAGGGAGGCAUGUACAAAUGACCAACCCUGCUCACGCAGAGGCCGUUUCCAGGUGAUUCCAGUGUCCCAGUCUGCAGAGCCUCUUCCAACACAGGAAGCUGCACCAAGCGAAGGGAUCACACAAAGAAAAGUUGGGCGUUUCUCAGUCACCCAGGCCGAACAGAGAGAGGAGCAUUUGACGGACAGCUCCCCUGUGUCACCUGACCUUGAGCGUGAGAGGAGAAAAUCUAAAGUAAAAGAUGGCGAAAAAGAGGACAAGAGAACUACAGCGCCCAGCCACCCACCCAGAAGUCAUGCACACUUGCCUCAAGGCAGCAGUGACGAUGAGAGCGAGGUGGAGGAUGAAGAUUUGAGGAGAGAACUCCACAAGCUUAGAGAGAAACACAUCAAAGAGGUGGUGUCCCUGCAGGCACAGCAGAACAGAGAGCUGCAGGAUUUGUACAGACAGCUCCGCUCUCUUAAAGACCACAGACAGCCUCUGUCCAUGAUUCUGCCCCGGACCUCUCCUCUGCCCACUGCACCCCUCGCCAUCUCCCCGCGCAGACCCCGACCCGCCAAAGCCAGGCUUCGGCCCCGACCCCACUCUCACAUGGAUAACAACGGAGUCACACACCAAGACCAGAGUCCUUCAGCCCAGGGUUCUGCCAAUAGAAAGAGCACAUUCACAGAUGAGCUGCAUAAGCUUGUUGAUGAGUGGUCAAAAGAAGCAGUUUGCCCUGUCCAGCCCAAGCCUUCACUGAAUCAAAUCAAACAGAUCCAACAGGUGCAGGAGUUCGGCGGAUGGGGCCAGACUACUGAGACAACAGCUUCAUCGGGUUGGUUUUCCGGAGCCCCUUUGACUGCUCCAGUAUCAGUCAGCAUGUCUACAAUGGCUUCUACCCCAUAUAGUACCAUCAGUGGACAAACUCAGCCACCUCCGACGCAAUUUCCCAUUGCACCUCUAUCACAGCAGAACAUGCAUCUGCAAUCUGCACUGCACCACCAGCCACUGCAGUACAGCCCAUCUCCCCUGCACCCGCAGCAGGUCCAAAUCCUGUCAGGAUCCCAGCCCCCGGUGCCCAGCGCACCUUCCCUCAUGACAGCAGCGGGGCCUCCGCUGCCCCCCGCCACCAGCAUCACAGCUGCCUCUGCCCCCACCACCACCGCCAAUCAAGAUGCCAUCUUCUGCUCUAGCUCCUCCUCGUCAUGCUCCUCUUCCUCCUGCUCCACCUCUGCUCUGCCUCCCAGUGCCAAACUUCACCCCAAACACUCCACAUCCCCCCUUCCUUUAGGACAGCAGUGAGAAGAUGUAUACCGCUGUACAUCUUGUACAGGAAGGACACUAGUAUCAAGCGUUUGAGUGUUGGCGUGUGUGGGUAUGGGGGUGUAUAAAUACUGUAGUGUGUGUUUGUGUGAGCGUGCGUUUGUGUUGCAUUUUUCAAUUCAUAUCCUCUGUGUGUUUCCGCACCGUCAAGUUUUCUAUCUGACUUAGUUGGACCUAAACUCGCCCUAUAUAGAGACAUUUUUGGCAUGAGGUGAUCCUCUUUGUUUUUAUUUAUCAGUGGAUUUUAAAAAGUGCAAUUAGUAACUGAUAUUUAAAUCCAUCUUUUCUGUGUUGUUGUGACAUGGAUCUGUAUAGCUUAAAAUAAAUAUUUUUUAUAUAUACGCACAGAAAAAACAACAACAACCAGACGUCAGCAGCGACGCGCCAUCUUUAUAGAGCACAACAGAUUCAGCCAGCGGCGGGAUCGAUCGCAUGUUCCAACGCAGAGCAUGGUAACCUUGCAACCAUCAUCGUAGCUACGAAAACAAUCGUUGUGCACGGACAAGGCAUGCUCCUCGUGUAUUAUAUUUUAUGAUGAUAAAUAGCCGUAGCGUUUUAGAUUUAGCCAAGAUUUUUUCUAGAAUAACAAAUAGCCAUUGACUAAUUCCUUUCAAGAUCCUGCAAAUGAUUCUGAGAAAAAAGAAAAGAAAAUUCAUUUGGUUUCAAAUGAAACUAGCUAAUGUGAUUGCAGUAUUUUCCUCUCUGUUUUAGCAGACAUUCACACUUUCAAGGUUUACACUAUUAACAUUAUUCCCAUGGUGAAGAGUGCAAGACUAAACGGCUGUUUGGAAAGCUCAAGUGAAGUGAAUGCAGCUUGUUCUUGUUCUUGUGUAUUUUUGCACAGUCCCGUAUGAACGUGCUUCCGUGCACACCGAACUGUGAUCUGUAAAAUGUGAGUUUGCUUUUAGUGAAUGCAACGCGUCAGCAAAAUGCUGGCAUUGUAUUCCUCAUCAGAUCUGACAUCAGAUACUACUCUGAUGGAAAAUUAUAUAUAUACAUAUACAUAACUGCCAGGCAAAUUAAUGAUUGAGAGAACAUCCAGAAAUAGGUUGCCUUUCUACAGUGUAUUUUUCCUGGUCAUAAAGCUUUUAUGUGAUUCAGCUAGACCAGGGGUCACCAAACUCAGUCCUGGAGGGCCGGUGUCCUGCAGAGUUUAACUCCAACUUGCCUCAACACACCUGCCUGGAGGUUUUAAGUAUACCUAGUUAGAGUUUGAUUACCUGUUUCAGGUGUGUUUAAUUUGGGUUGGAACUAAACUCUGCAGGACUCCGGCCCUCCAGGACCAUGUUUGGUGACCCCUGAGCUACACCAAGAUAUCAGAGGCCAGCCUUUAAAUCAGCAGCUACGCACAACUGUUGUACAGCCGGACUACUAAAGAUUUAUAAAGUGGUUGUCAGACUGCUUUCUCCAUAAGUCUGCAAUGCCCGUACACAGAAAACUGACUGUGUUCUUUAAUGUUUUGUUGGAAAAAGUAACGGAAGGUUGGUACGAAUGAGGCAACCUACUUUUUUCAACAAGAAGGUGAGAGAUAAAUAGGGUGGAAUGUAUUGUGUAAAGCGCACAGGGAAUGAGGGUCCGGUUUGUGUUGUGAAGCUUUUUGAAUUGUGCUAAUGCUUGAACUUGUGGAUGUUACAAAAAGAGGUCAACAUGACCGCUGCCAAAAGAGGGUUGUGAUCAUUCAGUUUCCAGUAUUUUAUGUCAUUUUUCUAAAGACAAGACCCACCUCUUCGCAGUAAACCAACAGUACAGCAGUGGUGAGUAUAAAGGCUGUUGUGUCUAAGAAAACUCAAAACAUUAUCCAUUUGAUCUGUACAAAUGGGAAAUGUAAAGAUAACCCUCUGCUGAAGUGUUACCAACAUGUAAUCUAAAAAGAAAGCAUUAUUUUUGUAUUUUGAAAGGGGUUUGAAAAAAAAAAAAAGUAAAAGUAAAAUUGUGUACUGAUCAGUGUUGAGAAAGCUGUGACACACAGGUUCUAAAACAGUUUCUCGAGUUCCCCGGCUUCCAACUUUACCCUUAACGUUUGUUUAAAGAUUACAGCAUGAUAUACAUUUUUGAUUUUUAGAGGGGUUUAAUUCAGUGCAAGUGGUUGGGAAUAUUAGAAGCCAAAUCAGUUCUACAGUGGAGGUAAUGUGUGGGUAAAGCUGUACAGUAAAACCAGGGGGACCCCAGAAUUACUUGUCUGACAACCAAUAAUUAAAGGUUAUUUAAGGGAAAAUAAUCUAUAGAGGACUAAACUUAUUGCUGGUGAUUUAGCUACUGUAAAUUAUAACUAAUUCAACUGUUGAUUCUAUUUAUGUUUUGUAACUAAUCAAAAAUAAACAUCAAAUGUUAAACAUCAA